CCCCGCCAUGCCCAUCCGCGCCCACUGCACCAUCUGCUCCGACUUCUUCGACAACGAGCGGGACGUGGCGGCCGUGCCGUGCGGGCACACCUUCCACCAGGCCUGCCUCUUCCAGUGGUUUGACACUGCACCAAGCCGGACAUGCCCGCAGUGCAGAAACCAGGUCAGCAAAAGACACAUCAUCAAUAAGCUGUUUUUUGAUGUUACCCUGGAGGAGCAAGCAGUACCGGAUGCUGAGACCUUGCAGAAUGAACUGGACAAGGUGAAGGCCCAGCUCUCCUUGAAAGAGAAAGAAAAGCGGGAAUGCCAGGCUGUUGUGGACAGCCUGAGGGACACUCUGGAUGUGCGCAAUGCCACGAUAGAGUCGCUCCAGAAGAUGCUGGGAGAGACAGAGAUGCUGUGCUCCUCUCUCAAGAAGCAGAUGAAAUUCCUGGAGCAGCAGCAGGAGGACAACAGAAGUUCAAAGGAGGAGGCCUGUCGACUGCGAAAGAAGCUGAGAACCAUGGAGCGGAUCGAGCUGUUGCUUCAGAGCCAGCGCCCAGAAGUGGAGGAGAUGAUCAGAGAGAUGGGAGUUGGACAGGCAGCAGUGGAGCAGCUUGCAAUCUACUGUGUCUCCCUCAAAAAGGAAUAUGAGAACUUGAAGGAGGCUCGGAAGAUCUCUGGUGAGAUGACAGAGAAGCUGAAGAAGGAGCUGUUUUCUGUCAAUAGUAAGCUGCAGAAGACGACUUCAGAGUUGGAGAAGACAAAGGAGGAGUUAAAAAGCACACAGAAAGAUAUGAAGAAUGCAGACAAGGAGAUCUUGAGUUUGAAGAAGAAGAUAGACAUCCUGCAGGAUACUCUGAAGGUCCCAUCUGUAACCAGGGAAACACUCAGUCGGCUAGUCUUUGAAAGUCCUACUCCUGUGGAUCUGCAGCAUCCAAAGCUCCACCGCCCAGCCCACAGCGAUGAGAUCAAUCUAGAUGCUACUUACGAUGUGGACACCCCUGAGCACCAGCCCUGCACAGCUCCCUUCGGCCCUACAAAAAGGCAGAAGCUGGAUAAAAAGUCGCCUCCUGUGGUAAAUCUGGCGAAGAAAGUUCUGAAGGAAACCGUGGAGAACGGGGCAGAUGAUCUGGAGGAUGAUGCUCUUAAAGGACUCUUGCCAGCAUUCAUCAGGAACUCUGUUCUCUCCAAGAAGCCAUCUUUGAGUGGUUUGCUGGGUUCCCACAAGAACAUGGGCUCUGUGAGGACGGGCUACGAUGGCAUGGGAGGCAGGACAAAAUUCAUAGAGCCAACAAACCUGGCGGAAAUCCGUCCAUUAUCAGUUAGGAGCAAGAAGAAGGUCUCCAGACCAGCAUCUGCAGCUUCUUCUGCAUUUUCCUCCAGCAGCAGCCAGGCCAGAAUGGACACUUUCCUGCUGUGAGAGCCCCUGACUUCCUGGGAGAGACUUGGAAGAAGCUGCAGGGCAGAACACACUUGUCCAGAGCCUGGCACGAGGCAAUGUGCAGCCACCACUGCCUGGGGUACUGUUUGCAAAGCACUGAUGUUGCCCUGUGGUGGAGAAUCCUGCCCUUGCAGCAGGAUUGGCCUCUGGAGGCCAAGCCUCUGGCUAAUAGCUGGACAGUUACCCUCCUCAUAUUACCAUUCCUUCCUCCUUUUUUCAUGCAGAAUUAACAGGCUUUUGCCUUCUGGCCACCUCAGAGCUCUGCAGUUGCUGCUGCUUUGGGCUCUCUGGCACGUGGUGGCACUGCACUUCUUGGAUGCAGCCACAAGCAGGAGGUGCAGGAAGGGUGUCUGGGAUGUCAGUCUGGAGAGCAGGAGGGAGAAGGGACCUGGACCAGCUCCAUGCCAGGUGUAAAUAGGUCCAAGAAAUUUUACUGGAGGAAGAAAUGUGUUGAGCAACCUGUGUGGCUGUCAAGUGUCUGUAUAUUCAUCAUCAAAUUAAACACCUUCCCUCACCCACAGGCCUGUUGGGGCUGGGGAGAUCCACAGGUGGACUUAAGAGCUGUGUUGCCCUGCCCUGUCCAGAGUGGUCUUGCAGGCUGAACCUACUGACUUGGAAGGAAAGUAUUGGGGUGACCCCCUGUGCUCCACUUGGAAGCAGAGAUCAGUGUGCUGGCCUCUGUGCUUGGCAUGUGUUGGUGUGAAACUUGUUUAUUAAUUUCUAUUUUUAAAUAAGAGUGUAGAGUAUUUUUAUUAUUUUGUAGCUCUUCUGCCUUAUUAUUAGAGGGUUUGGAAUGGCCUGGAGAUGUGCUGAAGAAUGGCUCCCUUCAGGGGAGGGGGAGACUGGAGGGGCUGAACCUGUCUGGGUUCUUCAGCUUGCAGCCUUGGAACAGGAGCUCCACACCUGAAGCAGGGCUGUCAGAGCUGCAAGGAACAGAUGUGGUGAGGCACCUAAUAAAGCACUCUACUGUACAAA